GUACUUGCUGAGAGUGAGCAGAUGAGACGGGAGGCAGAUGACAUCGGACCUCGAGCCGAGCUAGAUCAUUGGAAGAAACGAAUGUCAAAGUUCAACUACUUGGUAGAUCAGAUCAAAGGUCAUGAUGUCAAGGCCGUUCUGGGAAUUUUGCAUGCAGCCAGAUCCAAGUUAAUCAAGACUUGGCAAGAAUUGGAUCGUCGUAUAACAGACACUGCAAAUGAGGCCAAAGACAAUGUCCGAUUUUUGUACACAUUGGAGAAACUCUGUGACCCACUUUACAGCAGUGAUCCAGUUGGUAUGCUGGAAGGAAUCCCAGCUCUCAUCAGUGCUAUCAGAAUGGUUCACAGUAUCUCACGCUACUACAACACAUCCGAGAGAAUGACCUCCCUUUUUGUCAAGAUAACCAAUCAGAUGAUCACGGCUUGUAAAGCCUACAUCAGUGUCAACAAAACAGAGACAAUCUGGACCCAGCCCAUGCCUGUGGUCAGGCAAAAGUUGAUGGCUUGCAUCAAGCUCAACGAGGAGUACCAGAAGCAUUUCCACAAGACCAAGGCCAAGCUGGAAACAAUUCCGAGUGAGCGCCCCUUUGACUUCUCGGAGAUGUACAUUUUUGGAAAGUUUGAUACUUUUACUCGCCGCCUGAAGAAGAUUCUGGAAAUGUUCGACACAAUUGACAAAUAUUCACACCUGUCAGAGAGCAAAAUUGAGGGAAUGGAACAGAUGGCUGCCAAGUUCUCCCUGAGUGUGAUUCAGAUUCGCAAGAAAACUUAUGACUUUUUGGAUCAACGCAGGAUGGACUUUGAUCAGGACUAUGAUGAAUUUAAAAGACAGAUUGCUGAGCUGCAUACAGCCAUCGUCACUUUCAUGGACUCAAAGUUUGAGAAAAUCAACAAUACCCACCAUGCUCUCAUCUUGCUGCGAAAGUUUGAGCUUCUAGAGCUGGACAGUCUCGGAGUGCAGGAGAAAUAUAACCGCAUUCUUCAGUAUUACAGCCGUGAUAUUGACACAGUUUCAAGAAUCUACCAGAAACACAAAAAUGACCCCCCUUUAGACAGAGACCAUCCACCGAUUGGAGGAAAGAUUUCGUGGGCCCGGCAACUCUUCCGUAGAAUUCAGGUGCCCAUGGAAGUUUUCCAACAUCAUGGAACUCUUCUUCACGGGUCAGAUGCAAAGAAAAUUGUGAAAAACUACAACAAAGUGGCCAAAGUUUUGUUGGAGUUUGAAAUGUUGUACCACCGAGGAUGGCUGAAACAGAUGGAGACUAUCAAAUCAAGCCUGCAAGCGUCACUGUUGGUACGACACCCAGAAACAAAAGAGCUCUUUGUCAACUUUGACUUCCAGAUCUUUACCAUGAUCAAAGAGACAAACCACAUGUUUCAUCUCGGCUUGGAAAUUCCACCAGUUGCCAAGAUCAUGAGAGCCAGGGAAGUAGAGUACAAGAACAUCUACUCUGCUCUUACGAUGAUGCUGGAGGAAAACAGACGGGUCCGGGGGAAAAUCCCGGCUGCCUUUGAAGCUCUGAUGGGGCUUCACUUGGCCAAGGUCGACGAUGUCAUUGAGCCUGGUUUGACUAUGCUCACCUGGACAUCUGUCAAGAUACCUGAUUUUAUUCAGGAUGUUUACCGUGCCUUGGGUGAGCUUGAGUUGUUAGUUGACAGAGCCCGUGACGUCACAGAGUGCCGUAUCGACGCCAUCCUGCGUGAGAUGGCUGCCACCACACUCUGCCAGCUUCCUGAAGAUGAGCCUUGGACAGUCCAGGAUUUUAUUGAUAAUACACAGAAACUGUGUGCCAAGGGAGCCCACUCUCUGCAGACAAAGAGUCAAACGGUGGAAGAGUCAGUCAGUGAGUUGAUCACUAUGCUCUGUGAGGCAGACCCAGAUGAUGAAGAAGGUGGCAUUGAAGAGCCAGAGAAAGGAUCUGAAGAUGAAACAGAAGACAAUGAUGGGGCAAAAAUAGGUACCAGAGAGGAGCUGACAGGGGGCUCUGCUGUUCAUUCUCGUGCAGGCAGUCGCAAGUCUCGACCUUUGUCCUCUAAACCCAGAGCUGCAGCCAAGAAGAAGAAAGAGAUGAGAGAACAUAUCGAAGAAUCUGCCAUGGAUCUGCUGACACACUUCAACAACAGGAACCUGGACGCUCUUCUCAAAGCAACACGUAACACAUUGGAAACCCUCCGCAAACGCAUCACUUCAAGCUCAAUGGCACAUUAUAUUGGUGACAGUUCUUUGUUUGGUGAUCAGAAGAGAGACAGUCGGCCAUUUUUCCGCACCAAUGCAACUCUUGCCAUUCCACAAAUAAUUAUGCAUCCAGCACUUGAUGAAGUGCAGCAGGCAUUGAAUCGGGCAGUGCAGAACAUCCUCAGUGUCAGUGGAGCAGUGGCACAGUGGAGCAAAGAGUGGAAAAAUGUUGUCAAACCAGACUUCCCGCCUACAGUCGCUGAAGGAAUGGAGCGCAGAGCCAGCAUCAUCAGCAACGCACCUUCAGAAGCAUCUCACUUAGACUCCUAUGGGAGAAAGACUGAUGGCAAUGAGUCCCUGAAGAGUUACGUGAUAGUCCAGCAGCCAAAAAAUUAUCUCAAGUCAGUUACAGAGAAUAAUGACAUCACCAGACUGGUGUCUCUGCUGUCUACAAGCAUCAACUCCAACAAGAAGGAAGUGAACACAGCUCUUGACCAGUUUGCUAACUAUCACAAAAUCUGGGAGCGAGAUCGUGAAGUAGUGAUGGAGGAGUUCAUGAAAGAAGAGCCGAGGCUGUCAGAUUUUGAGGCUGCCAUUCGAGGCUUUGAGGAUCUAGAAGUGGAAAUCAACAGCCUUCCAGAGUAUUACGAUGCGGGUCCAAUAGCUGUGUAUACUGAACAUCUGAAAAUUGGUCUGACCAAUGAAACAAAGACAUGGCGCAUGACAUACGGGAAAUACUGCAGCAACAAAUACAAAACACAGAUGGAAGACAUUUUCCGCUUCAUUGAAGAUCUGAGCAAGCGUUUGUCCCAUCCAAUCAAAGAUUUGGAUGACAUUCGAUUUGCUAUGGCAGCCCUCAAGGACAUCCGAGAGAAUGAAAUCAGAAUUGAUAUGAGUAUCGGCCCCAUUGAGGAGUCGUAUGCGAUGCUGAACAAACAUGAGCUGAAGCCAGAGAAGGAGGAAGUUGAGAAAUGUGACACCUUGCGGUAUUCCUGGGAACGUUUGCAAGCACACGCCAUUGAGGUGCAGGACCAUCUGAUAACAGUGCAGCCUGGUUUCAAGCAAGAGCUGAUUAAAGAUGUCAAAGUUUUCAAAGUUGAUUGUGAAAACUUCUACAAAAGUUAUGAUGAGAAAGGACCAAUGGUGGCUGGAGUUCCUCCACGGGAAGCUUCUGAUAGGCUGAUUGUCUACCAGAACAUAUUUGACACCCUGCAGAGAAAAUACACCACCUACACUGGGGGAGAGGAGCUGUUUGGUUUACAGGUGUCCAGCUAUCCCAAGCUGAUGCAAAUAAAGAAAGAACUGAACCUGUUGCAGAAGCUCUACGGUCUCUACAACAGUGUCAUCGACACAGUUCACGGCUACUAUGACAUACUCUGGCAGGAUGUCAACAUUGAAAAGAUCAACAAUGAAUUACAAGAGUUUCAGAACAGAUGUCGCAAACUGCCUCGUGCUCUGAAAGACUGGCCAGCAUUUGAGGACCUGAAAAAAACAAUUGACAACUUCAACGAGAUGGUACCUUUGCUGGAGCUGAUGUCCAACAAGGCAAUGAAACAGCGACACUGGCAGAGAAUGUCUGAUGUCACUGGACACCACUUUGACAUUGAGAGUGAAAACUUUACACUUCGCAACAUUUUAGAGGCCCCAUUGCUCAAGUAUAAGGAAGAAAUUGAAGACAUUUGUAUCAGUGCGGUUAAGGAGAAGGAUAUCGAAGCCAAACUGAAGCAGGUGGUCACCGACUGGGGAACCAAAGAGUUCACUUUUGGUAACUUCAAAAACAGAGGAGAGCUCCUGCUUCGAGGGGAUUCAACUAGUGAGAUUAUCUCCCUUAUGGAAGAUUCCUUGAUGGUUCUUAGCUCACUUCUUAGCAACAGAUACAAUGCUCCCUUCAAAAAAAGUAUCCAAACUUGGGUUGCCAAUUUGACUAACUCAUCAGAAAUCAUUGAAAACUGGAUGACCGUUCAGAACCUGUGGGUGUACUUAGAAGCAGUCUUUGUGGGCGGAGAUAUUGCCAAGCAACUGCCAAAGGAAGCCAAACGGUUCAGCAACAUUGACAAGUCGUGGGUGAAGAUCAUGACUCGAGCCCAUGAGACUCCCAACGUGGUGCAGUGCUGUGUUGGAGAUGAGACUCUAAUGCAGCUGCUGCCUCAUCUGCUGGAACAGCUGGAGCUGUGCCAGAAAUCUCUCACUGGCUAUCUGGAGAAGAAGCGGCUCAGCUUCCCUCGCUUCUUCUUCGUGUCCGACCCUGCUCUGCUGGAGAUCCUGGGUCAAGCCAGCGACCCUCAUACCAUCCAAGCCCAUCUUCUGUCUGUGUUUGACAACACCAAGCAAGUCCGCUUCCAUGAGAAGAUCUAUGACCAGAUCCUGGCUGUGAUUUCCUCGGAGGAUGAAGUCAUUGAGCUGGAGAAGCCGGUCAAGGCUGAGGGCAACGUGGAAGUGUGGUUGAUGAGUUUACUGACCAUGUCUCAGAGGUCAGUUCAUGGGGUCAUCAGAAUGGCUGCUAUGACAAUACAGGAUCAGAACUUCAACCUGUUGGAGUUCCUCAACACUUUCCCAGCUCAGGUUGGAUUGCUUGGAAUUCAAAUGAUUUGGACUCGGGAUGCCACAGAAGCACUGAACAGCGCCAAGUAUGACCGCAAGAUCAUGGGUCAGACCAACCAAGCAUUCCUGGAGCUUUUGAACCUUCUCAUUGAACAGACAACAAAAGAUCUGACCAAAGUUGAAAGAACAAAGUACGAAACCCUCAUCACCAUUCAUGUCCAUCAGCGUGAUAUCUUUGAUGAUUUGUGCCGUUUGCAUAUCAAGUCUCCGACAGAUUUUGAAUGGCAGAAGCAGUCACGGUUUUACUUCAUCGAAGACCAGGACAAGUGUAUCAUCUCAAUCACUGAUGUGGACUUCAUCUAUCAAAACGAAUUUUUGGGUUGCACCGAGAGACUUGUGAUAACCCCGCUAACAGACAGAUGUUACAUCACCCUAGCCCAAGCACUAGGCAUGUCUAUGGGUGGAGCACCUGCCGGCCCGGCAGGUACAGGCAAGACAGAGACAACCAAAGACAUGGGCAGAUGUCUGGGCAAGUAUGUGGUGGUCUUCAACUGUUCCGAUCAGAUGGACUUCAGGGGGCUUGGCAGAAUUUUCAAAGGUCUGGCUCAGUCUGGUUCCUGGGGGUGCUUUGAUGAAUUUAACCGGAUUGAUCUGCCCGUCCUGUCCGUGGCUGCCCAGCAAAUAGCCAUUGUUCUGGCCUGCAAAAAGGACAGAAAGAAGCAGUUUAUUUUCACAGACGGGGACACAGUUGAGAUGAACACAGAGUUUGGGAUUUUCUUGACCAUGAACCCUGGCUAUGCGGGUCGACAAGAGUUGCCAGAAAACCUGAAGAUUAAUUUCCGAACUGUGGCCAUGAUGGUUCCCGAUCGCCAGAUCAUCAUACGUGUUAAACUGGCUGCCGUUGGCUUCAUUGACAAUAUCAUUCUGGCCAGGAAGUUUUUCACCUUGUACAAACUUUGUGAGGAGCAGCUAACAAAACAGGUUCACUAUGAUUUUGGUUUGCGCAACAUCCUGUCUGUGCUGAGAACUCUGGGAGCUGUGAAACGUCUGAACCCAACGGAAACGGAGCAGACUGUUGUGAUGAGAGUCCUCCGUGACAUGAACCUCAGUAAACUGGUGGAUCAAGACGAACCACUUUUUGUCUCCCUCAUAGGAGAUCUAUUUCCAGGCAUCACCCUGGAUAAAGCAGGAUAUCCAGAUCUGGAGGCAGCCAUUGCCAGAAAUGUUCAAGAAGCCAAACUGGUCAAUCACCCAGAGUGGACUAUCAAGUUGGUACAGCUGUUUGAAACACAGAGGGUCCGGCAUGGUAUGAUGACCCUGGGCCCCAGUGGAGCAGGUAAGACUUGCUGCAUCCACAUGCUGAUGAAAGCUAUGACUGAUUGUGGGGAGCCACACAAAGAGUGGAGAAUGAAUCCAAAAGCUAUCACUGCUCCUCAGAUGUUUGGCCGUCUGGAUGUGGCCACAAAUGACUGGACUGAUGGUAUCUUUUCCACACUCUGGCGGAGAACCACUCGUGUGAAGAAAGGAGAACAUAUCUGGCUUGUUCUGGAUGGACCCGUGGAUGCUAUUUGGAUUGAAAAUCUCAACUCUGUCCUUGACGACAACAAGACACUGACCUUGGCCAAUGGUGAUCGUAUCCCCAUGGCUCAGAACUGCAAGAUUAUCUUCGAACCACACAACAUUGACAAUGCAUCGCCGGCUACUGUUUCUCGUAAUGGCAUGGUGUACAUGAGCAGUUCUGGCUUAGACUGGAGCCCCAUUCUGCAGGGCUGGCUGAACCAUCGACCCGGCUACGAGCGGGAGAUUCUGAUGCCUCUCUUUUCAAGUUCCUUCACUGAAUUGUGGAAUUAUGUCCAACAGAAUUUGGAACUCAAGAUGGAUAUUUUGGAAGCUUUUGUCAUUGCUCAGGCCUGCAAACUGAUGAGUGGCCUCAUUCCCUUGAAGGACGAGAAGGAAGGAUCAGCUCUGCCGAAGGAAGUGUAUGAGCGUAUCUAUAUCUUUACACUUAUGUGGAGCAUAGGAGCUUUCUUGGAGCUGGACGAUCGUGCCAGAAUGGAAGAAUUCCUGCGCAAACAUGACUCCAUCAAACUUGACUUGCCAGUUAUUCCUGAUGGUCUGGAUGCCACUAUGUUUGAUUUCAUGGUCGACACUGAUGGCAAGUGGGUUCACUGGGGUCAAAAAGUCACAGAUUAUGUGUACCCAACUGAUCAUGAGCCAGAGUAUACCAGCAUUCUUGUGCCAAACGUGGACAAUGUGCGCACAGAGUUUCUCAUCAACACAAUUGCCAAGCAGAGCAAAGCUGUACUUUUGAUUGGUGAACAGGGUACAGCCAAGACUGUCAUGAUCAACAACUACAUGGGACACUACAACCCAGAAUAUCAUGUUGCACAGGUUGUCAACUUCUCAUCAGCCACAACUCCAUUCAUGUUUCAGAGAACCAUUGAAAGCUACGUGGACAGAAGAGUGGGAACCACAUGUGGGCCACCUGCAGGGAAGAAGGCCACUGUCUUCAUCGAUGACAUCAACAUGCCACAGAUCAAUGAGUGGGGUGACCAAAUCGCUAAUGAGAUUGUGCGUCAGCUGAUGGAAAAUCAUGGCUUUUACAGCCUGGAAAAACCUGGCGAGUUCACCACUAUUGUGGAUGUUCAGUUCCUGGCUGCAAUGAUCCAGCCAGGUGGUGGACGCAAUGACAUUCCUCAGCGUCUGAAGCGCCAGUUUGCCAUCUUCAACUGUACCUUACCAUCAAAUCCUUCCAUUGACAAGAUCUUCAAUGUCAUUGGUCUCGGACAUUUCUGCAAGGAGAGGGGUUUCUCAGAGGAAGUCAUCUCCAUGGUGAAGAAUCUGGUUCCCAUCACCCGCCGCCUGUGGCAGCUGACAAAGGUGAAAAUGCUGCCAACUCCAGCCAAAUUCCACUACAUCUUUAACCUCAGAGAUUUGUCUCGCAUCUGGCAAGGCAUGUUAAAUACAAUCAGCUCAGUCAUCACAAAUGUCAAGGUUCUUCUGGGUCUCUGGAAGCACGAGUGCUGUCGUGUCAUUGCUGACAGGUUUGUCAAGGUUGAUGACCUUCAGUGGUUUGAGAAAACUGUGAAAAGGAUUGUCGUUGAAGAAAUUAAUGAAGACACAGCAAACCAGGUGGUUGACAAUUUUUAUUUCACUGACUUCAUGAGAGAUGCUCCUGAAGCAACUGGAGAAGAGCCUGAAGAUACAGAUUUUGAUAUGCCCAAAAUUUAUGAACCUAUUGAGAGUUUCCAUCAGCUGGAGGAGAGACUGACCACCUUCCUGCAUCAGUACAACGACAGCGUCAGGGGUGCUGGCAUGGAUCUGGUCUUCUUCAAGGAUGCUAUGGUCCAUCUGGUCAAGAUAUCCCGCAUUAUCAGAACACCAAGAGGUCAUGCCCUACUGGUUGGGGUCGGCGGGUCAGGCAAGCAGUCUCUGACCAGGCUAGCUUCUUUCAUCGCAGGGUACAAAACCUUCCAGAUCACCUUGACAAGAUCCUACAACGUGUCCAACCUGCUGGAAGACCUCAAGUCUCUGUACAGGACAGCUGGCCAACAAGGCAAGGGCAUCACUUUCAUCUUCACAGACCAGGAGAUCAAGGACGAGGGAUUUCUGGAGUACCUCAACAACAUGUUGUCCUCGGGUGUGGUGUCUAACCUGUUUGCUAGAGAUGAACUCGAUGAGAUUCUUGGAGAGCUGGUGCCAGUUAUGAAAAAAGAGUUCCCUAAACGUCCACCCAGCAACGAGAACUUGUAUGAAUACUACCUGACCCGUGUGAGGGCUAACCUGCAUCUGUCCCUGUGUUUCUCUCCUGUGGGAGAGAAGUUCCGACAAAGAGCUCUCAAGUUUCCAGGACUCAUUUCUGGUUGCACCAUGGACUGGUUCCAGCGCUGGCCAAAAGAUGCCCUGAUUGCUGUGGCUGACCACUUCCUGCAGCAAUUUGACCUUGUUUGUAGCGAGGACGUGAAGAAGCAGGUCAUUCAUACCAUGGGGAUCAUCCAUGACGGAGUCGCUGAGAGUUGCAUUGAUUACUUCCAGAGAUAUCGUAGAGCCACCCAUGUGACCCCAAAGUCCUAUCUGUCCUUUAUCAGUGGCUAUAAGAAUGUGUACAAGAACAAAAAAGACACAAUCAAAGAAAUGGCCAACAGAAUGGAUACAGGUUUGGAGAGACUGGUGGAGGCUUCCCAGGCUGUGGCAGAACUGAGCAAGGAACUGGCGGUCAAAGAGAAGGAACUUGCCAUUGCUUCCGAGAGAGCUGAAGCUGUGCUGAAACAGGUUACAGUUCAAGCUCAAGCAGCAGAAAAGGUCAAGAACCAAGUUCAAAAGGUCAAGGACAAGGCUGAAAACAUUGUGAACAGUAUAGCCACAGAUAAGGCCAUUGCUAUGGAGAAGUUAGAGGCUGCUCGACCUGCACUGGAGGAAGCAGAGGCAGCCCUGAACACCAUCAAGCCAGCCCACAUUGCCACAGUCAGGAGGCUUGGCAAGCCCCCUCAUCUGAUCAUGAGAAUUAUGGAUUGUGUCCUCAUAUUGUUUAG